AUUUUUAGACACACUUUGAACUGCGGUUCAAACCAAAGACCUAUCAAUAUACAUAUGUAUAUUGAUAGGUCUUUGUUCAAACUCUUGAACUCGGGUUUAAGGAUUUAAUGUGCAAACGGCACUUUGAACCCGGGUUCAAAGUAUCUUAACUAUAUAGUUAACUGUUAAACCGUGGUUUAAGGAAUUAAUGUGCAUUUCGCUUGCCAUAGGGAAUCGAUAGGGUCGUAGAAACGCGUACCUGUCAAGGAAAGGGUUAAAGUAAGAGAACUGCAUACGCCAGUGACUGAGUAUAGAGUUAAAUUGUGACAAAGUGGAGUAAUAGGCUUCAACAGCUGUCUAGUAAAAAUUUCUAGAUUUCAAACAUGCCUGUACUCAGUAUAGAGGAUUACAAGAGAAAUUUUGUAAACGUCAACAAAUAUGGCAGAUCUUCUUCAGAUGGCUUGCCUAGACAAACCCUUGUUGUGUACAAAUGCGAAUGGGACAUAGAGUGUGACAGACAUUUCAACAAAGGCCAGAUACCAUGGUCAGUAAUCAAGAAUGAGGAAGAUUGCCAUGCGGAGACAUAUUUGUUGAAUUCACUGAGGGAGAAACUGAAAACCUAUCAUUCAUUCAGAUAUGAAAACUUCCAAAAUCAACAAGACGAAUUGAAGAAGAAUCUGCACGUGCACACAAAAAACGACAGAUCUAUAAAGCCUUUGGGCCACUUUUUUCUCAACAUAUAUCUAAGUUAUUCCCCCUGUGGGGAUUGCGCAGAUCAGCUGAUAACCUUCGCCAAUGAGUUCCAUGAUCAGUUAGAUGUCCAGAUCAACAUUUCCUUCAGCACUUUUUACGAGCACACUAAGCCAUCCAACUGGGUCGGUCUGCUAAGACUUCGCAAUCCCAUCAUCAGAGUAGAGGACAGAAUUUGCAUGUCCAUACUCAAUGGCGCAGACAGUUGGGAGAAGUUCUUUAAAGAAAUGGAGGUGAAAGGAACUAAAACAUUAUCGAAGUGGAAGGAAAUAGCGACAACAAGCCUGAGACAUGAAAGAGAGAAAGACGACAACAGAAUUUUCAGCAUGCUUGAUGGGCCAAAAGACGUGCCUCUGAAAGGGUGUUUAAAAUUCUUCAGUGAUUUCGACAUUCACACACCAUGUGUCUGGAGUCACAAGUGUUUGUGGUGUGAAAAUAUCCAUGAAAUCCCACACUUGUGCGAUAAGUGGAGCCAUGAUGGCCAUGAAGCUUCCACCUAACUUCAAGAAAAUUCAAAGACAGCAGCGAUCACAGCUUGAUUGUUUUAUCCGUCUGUGUAACUGAUUUUAAUCGAUUAGAGGUUUAAUGCCACUCGACAGCUAAUUGGUGUUAAUCUGUUGUGUAAUGUCAAUAAAGAUGUGAAAACUCACAA